AUGGUUUCCUCUAGGAGUGGGGCAGACCCCCUUGUUCAUUAUGGACGCCAUUUUGGACGAACGGUCCACGCCUUGUGCAAUAUCCACGCAUUAAUCAAUAACGGAAUACUAAGACUAGGAGAGUUGGCGGAUCGGCCAGAGGAAUCUUUCAGCGCCGAGGAGAGGCACGAGCACAAGAUAUUUUUGACUUUGCUCGAGUCAGUUCCAGGUCUGGAGGAGCGAUUGGUAGCUGGUUCCGACGACGAAGCCGGAAUUGUGGCAGAGCUUCUUCGAAAGGGUGCCUCGGGUGCUCGAGGCGAUGAUACCAAGAGCCUGAAGGGUGCUGUUCUAGAGUGGAUCGCUCCAAAAGGUCAAGCUCUCAGUCCUCCCCUUUCACGCAAUGUGAAAGUUGACCGCGGGUUUAACCACGAGCUCACAGGGGCGCUUUUGUGCCCUACAAACUUGAACUGGUCUGAUCUCGAAACAAAGAAUAAACUGCAAAGCGGAGAAUUAGUUGUCAGCGGAGAUCAAUGGCCAAUCUUCCUAUAUGCCGGCUAUAAAUACGACCCCACAGAUCCCUGGAGAGGUCUACUUCGUAGCUCCAUUUUGACACGCGCAUUUAAAUACGUAUUUACCUCACCCAGUUCUGUCGACAAAGAACCGAAGGCUACGAGGUCUGGAAAUGCCCGUCUUCAUGGCAUGAGGUGUGUCACUCCUGGAUCGAUUGCCUAUAUUGCUACUCAGGUGCGCUUUGCCCUGACAUCAUCUCCGGUCUUUUCUCGCACGGACACCGUGACGGACACCGAAAGAUUUUACACCAGCAUUCUCGAAUUGCUUGAAGACCCUUACGAAAGUCAGGAAGUUCAUGAUCUCUAUGUUUGGUGGAACAGGCAGGUGUUCCCUUCCUACUCCGCUGCGCAGCGGACCAUUGCAAAAGACAGCGCGUUGGCUAAAAUCAGGGAGAAGCGCGCCAUGAUGCGAGCUCGAAUUGAGGCUGGUCCCUCAUCAAAUACUUAA